GUCAGUUUUAUCAUAAUUCAGACUCUGUUACUACUACACAUAAGCAAUAUAUACAGCCAAGAACCUCUAGUCUUACAGUAAAAUUUCUGUUGUUCAGUCGCAUAGUAAUCAUGUCAGGGAAAAGAUUGCCAUGUGCUCUUAAAAUAGAAAAAGAUUUGAAGAGUUCAGCAUAUGAUGGUAUAGUGGUGAUUGUAAGCUCAAUUCUAGAAACCUAUAACUAUGAUGAACUUCUGAAAAAACCUUUCAAUUCCUCUGCAAAGAUUGACGAAGCUCUGGACACUGAAGUUGCGGUGUUGCCAUGUGACCUGCCAGCAGGGCGCAUCAUAAGCUCACCCACUGGGCCACUCAACAAUGACUAUGCUGAUGUCCGGAGUUUCUCUGAGGCAGCUAAGAAAGGAAUUGCAAGGGCUCUGAAAUCAGGUGUCAAGGCACCACUGCUGAUACUGCCAUCACAUAGCACUUUCAGGCAGAGUGAGCUGGUCACCUUGCUCGGAGCACUGGAAGCACUGUAUGUGAAUCUCCAGUUACGUGAAGAUUUGCCAGAUAAGGCUCAAAAGAUCAAGAUGCUUGGUGUGUAUAGUGCAAAUUCUGACAAUCUUCCAGCUAUUGUUGAGUUGGCAACAGCUCUAGAAAGUGGCAGGUCUGUUGCUCGUGAUAUUGGUGGAUCUGAUCCAGAGAGAAUGGCUCCUCCUAAUGUUGAGAAGUAUAUUCGUAAUGUGUUUCAGAACACAGAUAUAAAGAUGGAAGUGAUCAGUGAUCCAGCAGUUCUAAGUCAGGAAUAUCCUCUGUUUGUAGCUGUUGAUAGGGCUGCAAGUCGUAUUGACCGACAUCGUGGGCGAAUUGUGUACUUGACAUAUGAACCCACCUCAGGCCAAGUGGAUAAAACAUUUUUCCUGGUUGGUAAGGGUGUGACCUAUGACACAGGAGGAGCAGACAUUAAGGCAGGAGGAAACAUGGCAGGCAUGUCAAGAGACAAGUGUGGUGCUGCAGCAGUGGCUGGGUUUAUGCAGGUGUUGUCAGUACUAAGGCCACGUGGUAUAAAAGUGGUAGGAGCAAUGCCACUUGUGCGAAAUAGUGUGGGUAUGGAUUCUUAUGUAGCUGAUGAGGUCGUCGUCUCACGUAAGAAAUUGAGAGUGCGGAUUUGUAACACAGAUGCUGAGGGCAGGAUGAUUAUGGGUGAUGUACUAUGUAAGAUGAGAGAACUUGCAGAGAAAGCGGUUAAUCCACAUUUGGUGACAAUUGCAACAUUAACUGGACAUGCUGUGCUUACUGUGGGAACAGGAUAUUCAAUUGUGAUGGAUAAUGGACCAGCAAAGAAAUCUUCGCAUGCACAGGAGCUGCAGGCUGCUGGUGAAGAGCUAGGUGACAUGCUGGAGAUAAGCUCUAUUCGUAAGGAAGACAUUGCAUUCCACAGAGGGAAAGGAAUGGGAGAUGAUGUAUUUCAAGCUAACAACAUGCCUUCUGCUCGGACACCGCGUGGACAUCAAGGUCCUGCUGGAUUUCUGAUGCUAGUCUCGGGACUCGAUAAGCAUGGAUCAGAGUCUAAAACACCUUUGAAGUACUCGCACAUUGAUAUAGCUGCCUCUGCUGGGGAUCUCCCAAAUGAUGCUACUGGUGCCCCAAUUUUGGCACUUGCUGGACUGUACUUAAAGGACUCUUAUUAAUUUGGUUUACUUAGUGGUCGAAUUUAUUAAUUUAGUUUAUUUAGUGGGCCACUCUUAUUUGGCAGGGUUUUUUCUUGAGGCUGUGCAUGGGUUCAAAAACAUGUUGUACUUGUUCUAUUCUUUCUUACCCUCUUGACCAUUUCAAAUACAGUAGUCGUGCAGCCUUGCCAGCUACAAUUCUCCAAGUAGUAGCUGGUGAUUAUCAAGUCGAUGAGGAUGCAUCUCAUCCAAGUGAUUUUUAUUCUUCAAAAUUCUGUUGUGUUGUUAGGUUUGCUCAUGGAAUUUUAAGUUGCACUUUUAAAUUUACUUUGGAACUAGACAAAGUAUGUACAUUAGGGUAAUGAUUUAUGAUUUGAAAGAUUGCCAAAUAUAAUUAUUUUAUUUUUCUUUUAGUUAAUGGGGGUAACAGUGUUAUUAAGACUUCAGACAUGCAAGGAUUCAGUUGUGCAGGGGCACUGUGAUAGGAUGCAGUUCUACAAGAAAUGAUUUGAUCACCAUAUGUAACAUGAACAGUAGUUUAAUUACUCAAAGUCUGGAUCCCAUAGUAGGAGUAUAUUGUGAUCAGUUUUCCUGACUUAAAAUUUUAGUCCAAAACUUUACAUUUGUUAUGGUUUCUUUCAUUACCAGUACCAAAUAAAUAUUUAUUUGCUACUUUGAGUGGUAUGUUCAUUAAAUGGAGAUCCAUACUCCAUACUUUUACCAACAUAAUCUAGUGGUCCAAAGAGUAUGCUAUUGGAAAGUUAUUUAUAUUUAUAAUGGGUUAUACUUAUGUGAUGCAGUACUUGUUUUCUUCUUGUAUUUUAUAAAAUGUCUUACAGGAGGCUGUGUAAUUUUCCAUAGGUUUUAAAUCUGGGGCAAAGUGUACUUUUUUAUCUUUGUGAAAGGGUUGCCUUCUGCAAAACAUGUACUCCAAACUUUGUGAUCAACAAAUAAAGUAAAUAGUUCCUGAGUU